GGAGGGGGUGCCCCUGCCUCCCCUAGGCAGGGCCCUUUCCCCUGGCAACCCGUGGGCAGGGCGGCGCCAGGAGUCUCGGUGCCUGUGGACAGAGCCGGAGCCGGGCUUGGAGGCCGCUGGGGCCCGGAGCCAGCAGCGAGCGCAGAGCGUCUCCGCCGCAGAGCCGUGGCCAAGCUGAGACCCCCGGGACAUGGACCGCGUGACCAGAUACCCCAUCUUCAGCAUCCCUCACUCGCCCCGCCUGGCUGGCCUGGCCCCCGAUGAAGACGCCAGCUACACGUUUGAGGUGCUGGAUGUGGGGCCCGAGGCCAGUGGCUGGGGCCAGGACAGGCCACCGGCGUGGCCCGCUGACCGAGAGGCCCAGCCGAGCGUGGCCAGGACUGGGGCGUCCCUCCCGGGCCGGCCGUCGCAGUGGACGCUCUCCAGGAAGGCUGACGGCGAGGAGGAGGUGACGGCCUUCCGCCGGGACGCAAGGGACGCUCAGGCUCGACGGCCGCGGGACCUGGAGCGGGAGCGCCGGGCGGUCAUCCAGGACCAGGCCCUCCGGAAGAGCAGCACGGUGGCCACGCUCCAUGGCGCCCCCGGCCCGCGGGACCCCCGGGACCCCAGCCAAGCCCCGUCGGGGCCCCCGGAGGAUGACGCGGUGGACAGGGAGCAGAUCGACUUCCUGGCAGCCAGGCAGCAGUUCCUGAGUCUGGAGCAGGCCAGUGCGGGGGGCGCGCUCCACCCUCCGACCCGGGCGGCCCCCGCACGAGCCCCCCCGGGGGCCAGCCAGGCCCCCCGGCCCCCUAGCGGGCUGUUCCUGGCCAACGGGUACGGGGUCCCGCCGAAGCCCCAGGAGAGGGAGGUGGUCCUGGAAGAGAAGAUCAAGAGCGGCCCGCCUGCUGCCUCUGGCGCCCGGGCUGCGGGUGACCCCGGCUCCCCAGACCAAGGGGGGGCCCCAGAGCUCCCCACGGAGACCCCCAUCGAGCGGGAGAUCCGGCUGGCCCAGGAGCGGGAAGCGGACCUGCGGGAGCGUAGGGGGCUGCGGCAGGCCCACGCCCAGCAGGAGCUGGUGCAGGUCCCCAGCCGGCCGCUGCUGACCAGGGUGGGCCUCCUCCCCGCCCCCCGGCGCGAGCGAGGGCGCCCGUCCCUCUACGUGCAGCGGGACUUGGCGCAGGAGACGCAGCGGGAGGAGGCCCACCGGCAGGGGCUGCAGAGCAGGCGGAGCGCGGCCUCCCCGGGGGCGCAGCUGGGGCUCCGGAGAGCCCGCAGCUCAGACUCCGUCCUGGAUGCGCCCGGGAAGGUGAGCCGCGCCCCGCCGGAGCCCUCCCCGCCCUACCUGCGCCCCGGGAGCCCCCCGCCCGCGUCCCCGGCCUCCUCGCAGGCGCCAGGCCCGACCCGUGGGGCGCCGGCGGGGGAGGCCGCGCGCGCCCGGACGCCUCUCUCGGGACCCUCCGGAGAGCACUGGGGCGCGAGGCAGAGGAGCAGCAGGCCCCCCUCGGGGCCCCCGCGCGCCCACGGGGCCGUCAUCCCCUGGGAGUACUUCCACCUGAGUCCCCUGCGGUUCCGGGUUCCCGACGCGUCCCCGCUGGAGGCCGCCCCCGCCCGAGGCUGGGACCGGGGCGCCACGCUGGCGUCGAGGCUGCAGAGGUCCGGGUCGUCGGAGCUGCUGGACAGGGAGGUGGAGAGCGUCCUGCGGCGCGAGCGGGAGGUGGCGGCCGAGCGGCGGAGCGCGCUGUUCCCGGAGGUCUUCUCCCCGCCGGCCGAGGAUGAGGACCGGGAGCCGGGCUCCAGGAGCUCCUCCGCGGCCUCGGGCGUCACCGGCCGCUACUCCGUGUCCGAGGCCCACUUCUUCAGCCCCGUCCAGCUGCACUCCGGCCUCGUGUGGACGGCGGAAGGCCCUGCCCAGGCUGCUCCUGGGCAGAGGAAGAAGGAGCAGCGGUACGCCAGCAUCAACUCCCUAGACCGCAUCGACUCGGAGGUCCUGGAAGCCACGCGGGUGACCCACCACAAGAACGCCAUGGCACAGCGCUGGGAAGCGGGCAUCUUCAGCAAGGACUGAGCCGGCGGGUGGGGCGCCGUCACCCCCGCCCUGCGGCGCCGCAGGAGCGGAGACGGUGGCCGGUCCCCCCUGCCCCGUGGGAAGGAGGCCCCGUGAGACUCCAGGACCCGACGACCCGGGUCCGGGCGCCGCUCCGGGGGCAGAUGCGCGUUCGGGUGGGAGGGGGUUCUCUUCUGUUUUCAUCUUCCUGGAGACGUUGUUCUGCUUUCUGUGGCUAAAACUGGGGACAAACGAGACCCGUGUCGAUUCUGCUUCUAAGGCUCUGCCCAAACUCUCAGGUCAGAGAGGGAGGAGGCAGGUCCCCGCGCCCCCGCCCUGGGACAGGACGCCCCUGCUGG